CCUGGGCUUAAGCCUGGAUGAAAUAGUUAUCACAGAAUUGGCUGGAAAGAGAAAAUCUUGAUGGAAUACUAAAGACUUUCCAUUCUGCAAGAUGAUGACAUACUUUUGGAUCCAGAUUCUGUCUCUGGAAAGGCAAGGGACUGUAGAUGAUUCUUUUCAAAGCUGGUUCAACAUUGAUACAAAGGGACAAAUUCAUUAGCCACAUUGAUUUGAUUUUCCUGCAAAUCCACUGGAUAGAAAGUUCCCACUUUUACCCACCUUCAUUGUUACCUUCAGAGCAGCUCUCCAUAGCAACCGCAAACGUCUCUGCGUUGGAAUAAUCCCCUCUAGCUCCCAGCGCACAGUCAAGGAAUUUUAAAAGCAGAGGACUUUGAAACCACAAAGUACUCUCUGAGAUGUGGAAGGCCCCAGAGCUCCAGAUAAAUAAUCAUUUAUCUUUCUUAAGAAAUUCCUCUGCUUACCAGUUUAUCCCACUAACUCAUCCCUAUCCGAGACAGACUCAAGGUGAAGGAAGAGUGGAGAUGUCCCUCUGGACAAAGCUUUUGGUAUAUGGGGUGCCUUUGUUCCUUCUAGUCAGCUUUGUCCCCUGUACGGCCACAGACACACCUUCAAGCCAGGACAGCCUCGGCACCGAGAAGCAAGGCCAACUGGCAGAAAUACUACGGAUUCUCAGUGCUGAUGACCACCCACCCCUCAACCACUCCAGGAGUCUCAUCGCAACAUUGUUGGAGAAGACUGGGUGCCCACGGACACACGGACUGCAAGGAGGUUGUCACCUGUGUUUUGAACCAGAUGCACUGUUACUCAUAGCCGGGGGAGAUUUGGAAGAGCAGCUUCCAGAGGAGGUAGUCCAGAGAGUUUCUCUUCUCCUCCUCUAUUACAUUAUUCAUCAGGAAGAGAUCUGUUCUUCAAAGCUCAACAUGAGUAAUAAAGACUAUAAAUUUUACCUGCACAGCCUACUGAGCCUCAGGCAGGAUGAGGACUCCUACUUCCUUUCACAGAAUGAGACAGAAGACAUCUUGGCUCUCACCAGGCGGCACUUUGACACGUCCAGGAGCGAGUGUAUGGAAACUAAAAUGCUACAGAGGAAAUCCGGAAUCCUGAGCACUGAUGGUGCUGAUGAAAACACCCUUCCUCGGCUGGCAGCGACCAUCAUUGCUCUGUCCCUCCAAGGAGUUUGUUUGGGACAAAGAAACUCGCCUUCCUCAGACUAUUUUACUGAAUAUAUUUUCCGUUUGUUGAACAGUACAAAUGCUCUCCACCUAUCGGAACUGGAACAACUCUUCAAUAUUCUUUGGACCAAAAGUACCUGUAACAAAAAAGAUGUAAUCCAUCAACCUCAAAGGAAACAAGGCCACAUAAAGGUCCAUGAUUGGGGCUACCCUAACCUUUCUAUAUCUAUGGACAAAGAGUCAGAUGAUGGUCCAAAUUCCUGGGAUCAGACUUGCUUCUCUGCUAGGCAGCUGGUGGAGAUAUUUUUACAGAAUAGCCUUUCAGUCAUUUCUAAGGAAGACUUCAAGCAAAUCAGCCCGGGGAUCAUCCAGCAACUCCUGAGCUGCUCUUGCCAGCUGCCCAUGGACCAACAAGCAAAGCAUCUCCCUACCACACUACAGAAAUACGGCUAUGGUACAGCAGCUGUGGCGCUUCUCACGCUGGGCUCCAUGCUCGGGAGCACGCUGGUCCUUUUCCACAGCUGUGAGGAGAACUACGACCUUGUUCUACAGCUCUUCAUGGGCUUCGCUGUCGGGACGCUGUCAGGGGAUGCUCUGCUACACCUUAUUCCUCAGGUUCUUGGUUUACAUAGGCAGGAAGCACCAGAGUUUGGACAUUUCCAUGAAAGCAAAGGUCAUAUUUGGAAACUGUUGGGAUUGAUUGGAGGCAUUCAUGGAUUUUUCUUGAUAGAAAAAUGUUUUGCUCUUCUUGUAUCACCAAAUGCCAAGCAGGGCCCGUCACUGGCCAAUGGGCACGUGGGACAUUCCCACCACCUUGCACUCAACCCUGAAGUAAGUGAACAGCCAGGCAGAGGCAAGUCUGCGUCCGCUAUCCAGUUGAAAGGCCCAGAAGAUUCACAGGCAGGUGAAAUUUCUGUAGCCAGUAUGACAACCUCCAACAGAAAAUGCAAAGCCAUUAGCUUAUUAGCAGUAAUGAUACUGGUUGGGGACAGCCUGCAUAAUUUUGCAGACGGCCUAGUAUUAGGAGCGGCCUUCUCAUCAUCAUCUGAGUUGGGCGUGACCACAACAAUUGCUAUCUUGUGUCAUGAAAUUCCACAUGAGAUGGGAGACUUUGCCGUACUCUUAAGCUCUGGACUUUCUGUGAAGACUGCCAUCCUGAUGAACUUUAUAAGUGCUCUCACUGCCUUCGCAGGGCUGUACAUUGGCCUGUCGGUGUCUGCUGAUCCAUGCAUCCAGGACUGGCUCUUAACGGUCACUGCGGGCAUGUUUUUAUACUUAUCCUUGGUGGAAAUGCUUCCUGAAAUGACUCAUGUUCAAACACGACGACCCUGGAUGAUGUUUCUUCUGCAAAACAUUGGAUUGAUCCUAGGUUGGCUCUCUCUCUUACUCUUGGCUAUAUAUGAACAAAAUAUUAAAAUAUAAAUUAAGGUUCUUAAAAUCCUUCAAAAGUGAAUUUAUAGGACCUCAUUUCAUCUCUUUCAUUGUACUUGACAAUGAUUAGUAAACUAAGUAUUUUUAUCUUAGGUGAAGACUGCGUCUUUUAGUUCAUUAACUUAUUAGUUUUAUAGUGCACUUCUGUUUCAGGGGAAUACAUAAAGGUCAGAGUGUCCUUCGUGGAAAUUUUGUUUGUUUCCAACACUGUGAUGGAACUUCUGCUUUUCUCUUGUCUUUUUUUUAAUAAUCAUAAAAAACUUAAAAAAUAUUGUUUCUCUAAGAAAGAAUGUAGUAUUUGAAGUAGACAGAUGCCUGUUGGGAUAAAAUCAGGUAUAACUGCUUUGAUGUCAAUAAUGUACUUUUUUUCCUGUGAAAUUUUAAACCCUUAGGAAACUAAAUUAUAAACAAAUGUAAUAAAGUCUAGUUUUAAUGUGAUGGUUUGCAUUACCUUCUAUUACUGCAUGUCAGAUUCCAAGCCCUCUCUUAUAAAGCCAAUACAGUAUUGUUCACCUGGAAUCAUUACCCACUGGCUUGAGAGUGCUCAUGAAUAUGCAAUUCUGGACCGCUAGAGGAUAAUAUGUCAGCAUUCUUCUGCAUAAGUCACUAAAGGAAAUUUGUUCCAGGCAAGGAGAACUUGGAAACAAAAAAUGAAGUUCAAGAAAAUUUUUAAAUAACAAACCUUGAGUCAGGCAGUAGGUGAAUGUCCAAACUUUCACAGAUUGUGUAACAGAGAAUGUUUAUGGGAAUAAUCCUACUGACAAGUAUAUUUUAUAUUCUUUCUGAGGCAACAUAGACUUCUAAAUGGGAUUUUGGCAGGUUAGUACAUGACAUGAACAAGCAACAUUGCUAAUAACACAGCAAAA